AUGGGUGAGCAGGAAUCCAGUAUUGUUGCAGACUACAUACUGAAGAUAUUAGGGUUGGAGGUCUGUGCUGAUACGGUGGUAGGAAAUGAGAUGAUGAGGGGCAUUUCUGGUGGUCAACGAAAGCGUGUCACAACAGGUGAAAUGCUUGUUGGUCCGGCAAGAGCUCUGUUCAUGGAUGAGAUAUCCACUGGACUGGACAGCUCAACCACAUACCAAAUUGUGAAUUCGCUUAGGCAGACUAUCCACAUCCUUGGUGGAACUGCAGUCAUUUCCUUGCUCCAGCCAGCGCCUGAAACAUACAACUUGUUCGAUGACAUUAUACUCCUAUCUGAUGGGCAUAUUGUAUACCAGGGCUCCCGUGAACAUGUGCUCGAGUUCUUUGAGUUCAUGGGCUUCAGAUGCCCUGCAAGAAAGGGUGUCGCUGACUUCUUGAAGGAAGUGACAUCAAGGAAAGACCAGGGGCAGUAUUGGUAUCGGCAGGACAGGCCAUACCGUUUUGUGCCUGUGAUGAAAUUUGCAGAUGCAUUCAGUACAUUCCACGUGGGCCGGAAGGAGUUGCUCAAAGCCACUAUUGAUAGGGAGGUUCUACUAAUGAAGAGGAACACAUUUAUGUAUAUUUUCAAGUCUGUUAACCUUACUGUUAUGUCGUUUAUCGUGAUGACCACAUUUUUCCGUACCAAUAUGAAACCAGAAGAAUCUUAUGGAAACAUCUACAUGGGAGCACUCUUCUUUGCUCUUGACACAAUCAUGUUCAAUGGCACAUUUUUGGAAGUCGGGGUUUAUGUUUUCACCACAUACUAUGUCAUUGGAUUUGAUCCCAGUGUGAUCAGGUUCUUUAAGCAGUAUCUGCUGCUCCUUGCACUCAAUCAGAUGUCAUCUUCUCUUUUCCGCUUCAUUGUUGGAAUUGGAAGAGACAUGGUCGUGUCUCAUACCUUUGGCCCCUUAGCACUGCUGACUUUUCAAACACUGGGUGGCUUUAUACUUGCAAGACCUGAUGUGAAGAAAUGGUGGAUUUGGGGUUACUGGAUCUCUCCUCUAUCAUAUGCACAGAAUGCCAUUUCAACAAAUGAAUUUUUGGGGCACAGUUGGAGCAAAAUUCAAAAUGAAACAACCGUGGGAAUUGUUGUUCUUCGAAAUCGCGGCGUCUCUAAUGAAGCUAAGUGGUAUUGGAUUGGGCUCGGUGCCUUGGUUGGAUAUACUCUCCUCUUCAACCUGCUCUACACUGUAGCUCUUGCGGUUUUGAGUCCAUUCACUGAUUCCCACGGAUCAAUGUCUGAAGAGGAAUUGAAAGAAAAACAUGCCAACUUAACCGGUGAAGUCAUAGAGGGCCAUAAGGAAAAGAAAUCUAGGAGGCAGGAGUUUGAGCUGUUCCACAGCGUCGGCCAAAACUCCGUGCAUAGCAGUGAGGAUUCUAGUCAGAACAGGAAGGGAAUGGCACUCCCAUUUCCACCAUUGUCACUUACCUUUAAUGAUGUAAGAUACUCGGUGGACAUGCCAGAGGCGAUGAAAGGGCAAGGAGUGACAGAAGAUCGUUUGCUUCUUUUGAAGGGUGUUAGUGGUUCUUUUAGGCCAGGAGUCCUAACUGCAUUGAUGGGUGUUAGUGGUGCUGGAAAGACCACCCUUAUGGAUGUCUUAGCUGGCAGAAAGACUGGGGGCUAUAUCGAGGGAGAUAUUACCAUCUCAGGAUAUCCAAAGAAGCAAGAGACGUUUGCACGCAUAUCAGGAUACUGUGAGCAAAAUGAUAUUCAUUCUCCACAUGUAACAGUGUAUGAGUCACUCCUAUUUUCUGCAUGGCUACGCCUUCCUUCAGAUGUCAACUUAGAAACAAGAAAGAUGUUCAUUGAGGAGGUCAUGGAUCUUGUAGAGCUCACAUCACUGAGGGGUGCACUUGUUGGGCUUCCUGGAGUGAGUGGCCUGUCAAUUGAGCAACGCAAGAGGCUUACUAUUGCUGUGGAGCUUGUUGCCAUCCCUUCGAUCGUUUUCAUGGAUGAGCCAACCUCUGGUCUUGAUGCUCGUGCAGCUGCAAUUGUGAUGAGGACUGUAAGGAACACUGUCAAUACUGGAAGGACUGUCGUUUGCACCAUUCACCAGCCAAGCAUUGACAUAUUUGAAGCGUUUGAUGAGCUUUUCUUAAUGAAGAGAGGUGGAGAAGAGAUAUAUGUUGGUCCAGUGGGCCAGAAUUCGUCAAAAUUGAUCGAGUACUUUGAGGGAAUUGAAGGUAUUAGCAAGAUAAAGGAUGGAUAUAACCCAGCCACGUGGAUGUUGGAAGUGACCUCUAGUUCUCAGGAAGAGAUCCUUGGGGUUGAUUUUUGUGAAAUCUACAGGCAAUCAGAAUUAUACCAAAGGAACAAGGCACUCAUAGAGGAGCUAAGCACACCACCUCCUGGCUCUAGUGAUCUCAAUUUCCCUACACAGUACUCCAGAUCGUUCUUUACUCAGUGCCUAGCUUGCUUCUGGAAGCAGAAAAAGUCAUAUUGGAGGAACCCAUCCUACACAGCAGUGAGGUUACUGUUCACCAUCGUCAUUGAGCUCAUGUUUGGAACCAUGUCCUGGGACCUUGGACGAAAAACUAAAAAACAACAGGAUCUGUUAAAUGCCAUGGGAUCCAUGUACGCCGCAGUUAUAUACAUUGGAAUGCAGAACUCUGGUUCUGUUCAACCAGUGGUGGUGGUGGAGCGAACAGUCUUCUACCGAGAACGAGCAGCGGGCAUGUACUCAGCUUUCCCUUAUGCAUUUGGACAGGUCGCGAUUGAAUUUCCUUAUAUUUUUGUCCAGACUUUGCUAUAUGGAGUGUUAGUCUAUUCAAUGAUUGGAUUUGAAUGGACUGUUGCCAAGUUCCUCUGGUACCUGUUCUUAAUACCUCAACACUUCACAGAUUUCUUAUUUACUCAUGAUGCACUCAAUUUUUUCCUUCAGAAACUGCCUGUCUGGUGGAGGUGGUACAGCUGGGUCUGCCCAGUCGCAUGGACGCUCUACGGAUUGGUUGCCUCCCAGUUCGGCGACAUCACGCAUACACUCGAGGACUCAGUGACGGGCCAGACCGUGGCGCAAUUUAUCGCGGAUUACUUCGGCUUCCAUCACGACUUCCUGUGGCUUGUCGCAGUGGUGCACGUUGGGCUGACCGUGUUCUUCGCGUUCCUGUUCAGUUUUGCCAUCAUGAAGUUCAACUUCCAGAAGAGAUGA